AUGGAGCUGGAGCAAAGGGAGAAUCCUGCUGGAGCUCUGUGUGAGCUCAAACACGAAAACCUGGAUCAGAAUUUCAGUGAAAAAGUGGAAGAUUGUGUUUAUCAGUGUAAACACAAAGACAUUAGUGAGGAAUCUACAACUGAAGAGACUGCAGGGUGUGAAGUGCUGGAACAACAAGAGAAGGACGACUAUAGGAAACAACCUGAUGAACUGGAUCCAAGAAUACAGGAGGAGCUGGAGCACCUAAAUGAAGCCAGCGAGGAAAUUAACCAGCUAGAGCUGCAACUAGAGGAAGAACGGUCAAGCUAUAGGAAGAUUCUUAGUGAGUUAGCGAGGAAACUGAAUGCACUUAGCUCUCAGCUGGGCUCCUGCAUUGAGAAAGCCAGACCUUACUAUGAAGCACGACGACUAGCUAAAGAGGCACAGCAGGAGACCCAAAAGGCAGCGCUUAGCUUCGAGAGGGCUGUUUCCAUGCACACAGCUGCACGGGAGAUGGUGUAUGUAGCUGAGCAGGGGCUCGGAGCACACAAGACUCUGGAUCAAACCUGGCAGGAGAUGCUUAAUCAUGCCACUGCUAAGGUAAACGAGGCUGAGGAGGAGCGACUACGAAGUGAGCGUGAGCACAUGCGUGUAACGCAGCAGUGUCAGGCAGCUGAGGCUCAUGUGCAGGACCUGCAGAAGUCUCUCAAGAGGACCGUUAUGAAGUCGAAACCUUACUUUGAACUCAAAUCUCAGUUAAACUUCAUGUUGGAGACACACAAACUGAAGGUUAAUCAGUUAGAAGAGCAUGUGACCGAAGCAAAGAAGCGCUACUCCUUCACUCUGCAAAGCCUGGAGAAAAUCAGUGAGGAGAUUCAUGCUCAGAGGGGACAGGAUCAUUCAGAAGAUGGAUCUACUAAAUCCUUUGGUGCACGAAGUCCUCCUGUAGGAGCUGAGGCGGUCAUCAGCACGGAGACUGCAGGUGGACAGUAUGGAGUCCUCACCAAGUCAAACGAUAAAGUGGAUGGCAGAGAGGCGAAGACACAAGAGUGGGUGGAGAGACACAGGGAGUCUGGCUGGUGGGAGCGGGAAAAAGAGAGACCAGCAUCUGUAGUGGGAGUCGGUUCAGACUCCAACUCUGUUUUCAGCCUUAAAACCAUCGCCUCUGAUUUAGAGAAGUGUGACUCUGUUGAGCAUCUGGGCCAGCUUAGUGACUCUGUCAGUUUCUCUGGGGAGGAGGAUGAAAAAGUCAAAAAUGGGGAGGAUAAGAGGAGAGGAGCAGAACAAGAAAACGAGCUAAAUAUGGACUUAGCAGGGGACGACUCACAAGAGCAGCUCAUGAAACAGCACCAUAGAAGUGUGAGUUUGUGAGUACGUUUAUGAAUGACCUAAACAAUCCAGUUGAUCUGUUUUUAAUAAUAUUAAGGUGUGGUGGUCAAAGCGCUGUAAUGAAUUGGCACCAUGUUCAGUGUUUUUAUGUGGUG